AUGACCACUAUUGCAAACAUCAACCAGGACGCAGGUCUGCAGAGAUGUCCGUCCGUGUGGCAGCAGGAGUCGUCGGGGUACUCCCCCUGCGUGGAGAUCGACUCCAGCUCUGUGAGGUGCAAAGACAGGCACACCUUUCCGGCCUGGCUGAAGCAGGAACAAGAAGACCUCAGCACCACCAAGUGGGAGAACUUCCAAACAGCGGCCCCGGCUGACGCUGUUCAGGACAACACACCCAGCAGUGCCAUGUCAGCUGGCUCACAUGUAGAGAGCAUGCCCCCGCGGGUGCUGCUGACCAUCACCAAGCUGCAGUGCAUGCUGGAGAACAAACAGGAGCGCAUCGCUGCGCUGGAGAGACAGGUGGAGGACCUGAUGCAGGACCGCAAGUUCCUCAGAAGCCAGAUUGAAAACCUCACGAGUAACCGCUCCAUGCCCACCUUUGCAUCACCCAGUCCGCUCCCUGAAGCUCCUAGACACAGUAAAGUGCACCACUCGGAAAACAAAUCUCGGAAGAAGGAAAGAGUUUCCUCCUGUUCCUCUGAGAGCAGCGACAGCGGCUCUGAAUCCUCAGAAUCAUCAGAAUUUUCUGCAGCCUCAAGUGAUCACAGAAGGAAAAAACACCACAAAGACAAGAAAAGAUCAAAGAGAGCGAAGGACUACAGCAGGAAGAGGGCCACCGGUGUCCAGUACGUCAUCCACCGCUACAAACAAGUCCUGUCAUCCUUCAUCAAGAAGAAAAGCAUGAGCGAAGCCUUCCGUCACCUCGGAAUCGACCGGAACACCAUCGCCAACACCGCGUCUAUCGCUGAGCUCCACCUAGCCGGCAAAGACAUGGUCCCUCUUGUGGGCAUGUUCCGCCAGGGAGAAGAGACUCUGGUCAACUACGCCCAAAGGUGCACCUUGGUCAUUGACAGUGACGCUGACCUGUCCCGGAGAAUAGACAUUAUGAAAACCAAUGGAGAGCUUCUGCCCAUCUCGGGGAAAAGGCCCAGGGGGUUGCAUUCUCACCUGCAGCAGCUAGGGGGUGCUGCAGAGAGCAUUUUAAUAGGUUGAUGGUUUUUUGUGAAACAUUAUGCCUUCAGAGUUUACAUUUUUUGUAUGAUUUUCCACUAAUCAGAAAGGUGUGUGUAGCAUUUUUUUUAAAGUGUAUUCACAUCUUAAAGAUAAUUUUUUUUACAUUAUUUUCCGUAUAUUCGGAAUCACAUUCACACAUUUAAGAUGUUUCUUUUUUUACAUAAAGAAUACAUACAGCUGAUAUAUAGCUGCUGUCACAUACGUUUUCCUUUUUUUAUUUAUCAGCAGGUGAAACGGUGUAGUGUUAGAAACAGCCACAAGAUGGCAGUGCUCGCAUAUCAGGAAAAUCAUUCAUCCUGUCAUUUACUUCCAAAAUGGUGGAUAGUUAAUUUCCAUUUCCCAGCACCUUAAUCGUGUUGGAGGUGCUACUUUGUGUUCAUAGACUUUGUUUGCCCUGCAAGUCAUUUGCUGUCGCUAUUUAAAAAACGACAUUUGUUGCAAAGUGUGUCAAUGUUCCUGAACUGCCAAUACAUGAAAAUGAAAACAGUA